CCGAAUCAUCUCUCUUGAAAACAUUCAAAAACAAACGACGCGCUGAACCGUAUCGUGAUUUCUGUCUCGGAUUUUGAAAGAAGAAAAGUAACCCUUCACACUGAAACAACCACUGUCAGUCCCCAUGGCUCCGCACGAUGUCCGCCGUCCGUUCAAGCGGCCGGCGAUCUCCGAUCAGGAGAGGCGCCGCCAACAGUCCCUCCUCCGCCAGGCACAGAACCGCCGCGACGCGCAGCACCACGCGCGCUUCUUAGCCUCCACCGCCCUCUCCCUCCCAACCCUAAUCCCCGAGGCCGAAUCCGAACCCGAACCCGAACCCGAACCAACGGAAAACCCCGAACCUUCGAACGAGAGCCUCGACGUUCUCGGAGCCUCGAAGCUGAAAGCCGCGGAAGCUCGCAAGUGGUUCGCGAAGCAGCUCAUGCUCCCGGAGUGGAUGAUCGACAUUCCCAGCAACCUCUCCCAAGACUGGUUUGUAUUCGCUCGUCCUUCCGGGAAACGGUGUUUCGUGGUUUCGUGUAACGGAACCACGAUAAGCCGUCUUCGGAAUGGUUCCAUUCUGCAUCGGUUCCCCUCCGCGUUGCCAGCCGGAGCGAGGAAGAAGGAUUCCGGUCCCUCUCAGACUUACUCUAUAUUGGACUGCAUUUUCCACGAGGGGGAUCAGACUUAUUACGUUAUUGACAUGCUUUGUUGGCGGGACUAUUCUCUGUCUGAUUGCACUGCAGAGUUUAGGUUCUUCUGGUUGAACUCCAAGCUUGUAGAGACUGGUGCUUGUGACCCUCCCUCACAUUAUCACAAGUAUAGGUUUAGUUUGGUUCCGGUGUAUGGUUGUGACUCGAAUGGACUCUAUGCUGCUUAUUCGGCGCCGGUGCCUUAUGUCAAAGAUGGUCUUCUCUUUUGUAACAAGCAUGCUCACUACCAGGCUGGAAUUACGCCAUUGGCGCUGGUUUGGAAGGAUGAGAACUGUAGUCAGUAUGUUAUGGACACAGACAGUAAAGGGCAGGUUCCCAACCAACAGCAGGUGGUUUUGGAGCUUCAAGAUGAUGGAAAACUAGCUACCUCAGAUGAUCCUCCUGUGGUAUUUGGCUGUUUAGAUGGAAGCUUUAUACAACAGUCGGGGUUGCAGUCAGGAUAUCUUUUGCGAUUUUCAAUUGGAGAGGGAGGAUUAGUUUUGAUGGAUGGGAAGCUUGAGAAAGCUGAUCUACAUUAUCUUGGCAAGGCCAAUCGAGCUCGUGCCUCUGCUGAUAGUUUCUCUAAGGUUAUGUUCCAAUACAGUGUUCGACACUCUCCCCUCAGAAUUGAUGGUCUUUUGGAAUCGGUCAGCAUACCAGUUGAUCAAGAAAGCAAAGCUUGCGAUGUUGAGAUGGAUGGUUGAUGAACGAUAGGGAAUGCACAAUGGAUUGCAUCAGUUUUUUAUCCUGUGUGCAAUGUUAAAAGUUGUCACCUAAAAUUUUUGGUUCACUACGAUGCUUAUUUCUGCGAAGGCUUCCGUAAUUUAUAUUGAGGAUUCAGAAGAUUGAUAGCUACCACGCUUACUGAGAUAGAGUUGUAAUAGUCAUACAUAGAUUGUGAUUUGUAAGCGAAAUUUCUUCAACCCAGAUGGGAGCAGGUGUGCAUGUGCAUGUGCAUGUUAUAUCCAUGUCGUGUUCAUUUGAUGCUGGUAGCCUGAUCAUUGUAUUUGAUUUGAGUUUUUACAAUUCCGAGUCAAGUAGAGUACGGUGUAGCGUAUGAAUUGUACAGUAUUAUAAAUUAUAAAUUUAAAGUUGAAUUCACUACA